AAUGCCUCAUUCCCACGCUCAACCUAAAGAUUCUAACUUCACUUUGGGGAGAACUACUAGUUAUGAAUCAAGCUAAUUUUGUCGUAGUUUGGACAUCAUGGUCUAUAGAAGGGCUUCCACAAAAGAUGAGAUCAAUUAUCACUCGCAGUCCAAAAACCCAUCAUGUAACGAUGACAAAUUAGGGAUUUGCAAUAUCACUUGGAUCAAGUAGUAACUCAUUUAAAUUUUAAGCCCUACCCUGUAUAUUGAAAUGGAUGAAUUACAAACUAAAGUCUGGAGAUCCUUGAAAAAGCAAUAGUUGGUAAGAAAGUUAUUUAUGGAAGGAAUCAGUUUAUUCAGUUGACAUCAUUGUCUUGAAGAAUCAAAACGAGUUUGAAUUCUCCUUUGAGAUCAGCAUGCUGUCAUGCUUCCUCAGAGUUAGGGAAUUAAGUAUUCUAAUCAAUGAGAAUUAUGCGAAUCGAAGCAAUAGAACCAAAUUAUAAGUGCCCUAUUUAUCAAUUUUGAUUGGUAGGGUGAAGACUUAGAAAUUGGAUGGGAAUAUGAGACUCUUUGAACUUGCUCAUAUCCUAAUCAAUGGACAAAGGACUCUUAUUUUAUAAGAAUCCUGUUUACAAUUUUGAUGAUUAUAAAUAAAAAAUUAUAAUUUUGUUUUUCUUAUUACAUAUUAAACCUUUCAUUUUGAGAUUUUGCUAUAAUUAAAAUUAAGUAAAUGCACUAAAUGCACUAAAUGCAAUAGUCGACGGUCCAUCAAUAGAAAAUUGUCGAUCUGACAAAUUAAGGUAUUCGAACAGUUGUAAAUUCGUAGGAUUAUAUGUUUAAUUGGAGGAAUAUAUUCGAACAAAUCAAAUAGGAUAAGCAAGUUAUUCGUAAGCCUUUUUAGAGUGUAUACAGAACACAAGAGAUAGUGAAGAUCACUUUCAAUGUAUACAAUAAAUUUUAAAGUAUAUAUGUUCUAACUUUAAGACAAUCUAUUGAUUUUAAUUAUAAGGACAAUUAGGGGAAUACAGCUAUUGUGUAUGCAGCAAGAACAGCCAAGAUAAGCAUUCUGAAUGAGAUAAUCAAGUAUAAGGAGAAAAUCGAAACUAAAUAAAUUAAGCUUGCACUUGAUAUUGCGAUUCAAUCGGAAUAAGAUAAUUGGGAUAUAGUUGAAACUCUCUUAUAGAUAACAUCUCUCGAUAAACCUUAGCAUUUAAUUAAGUCCUUACAAAAAGGCAAUUAUAAGACUGCAUCAAAAAUCAUAGAGAAGUAUGGAGCAUCUGGUUAAGAUGAAAACGGUGACACCGCCUUACAUGUGGCUUCUCGCAAAGGAGAAUUAAAUAUAAUUAAAUAGAUCUGUCAGAAGGAGUUUCUAUUUUAGAAGAAAAAUAAAUAGAAUCAAACUCCUCUGGAUGUGGCUGCCAAUGAGAAGAUUAAAGAUUUGUUAAUUAUGGAGGAGAAUCUAUUCGCAAAAUCUCCAAACAGAAAAAAGAAAUAGGAAGAAUAGCAGGAAAACAUUCAGAAAAUUGGAAAAUAAGAGGAAGGAGAGGCUGAUAUUCUAUUAAAAUUGAAUAAAAUAGUAUAGAAAAGAGAAUAGGAGACUUAGACGUAAAUAAAGGAAAGAAAAGAAAUAGAAGUUUAGAUUCCAGAGAAAAUAGCUAUAGACUAAUCAUUUUAUCAUUAAUUGAUUUGUGAGUCCAAAAGCACAUUACCAUAACAUAAAAUAGGUUUAGAUGAUAUUGUUAAGUACACAAAUUUGGGUGAUUAUUAGGCAACUUACUUUUGAGAUUAAUACAUUUACACAAGAAUUGAGUAAAUAUUUAGAUGAAUAGAAACCCAUAAUUGAUAAGAUAGUCUUCUUGGUGGAUGAGGUAUUUCUUAUCAUACUCCUUUUUUAGACUGUUUAAAAUGUCUAACUUAAAUCUAGAGCGUUUCUUUAUGGAUCAUGUUAAACAGGCCUGAAUUUGCUGGAUUCUGAUAUUGACAUAGUUAUUGAAACGGUUGAGUCGGAAGAAAUAAUAUUAUUAUUCAAAUUGGCAGAUUAGUUUAAAGUAUCAUAGAAUUUAGUUUUAGAGGACAAGCUUUAUCAAGGAUGUCAAAGUAAUUGAAAAUGCUAAGAAACCCGUGUUGAAGAUGUAAUGUUCAAAAGAAUUUUAAGAUAAACUAGUUGAUAUUACAAUAAGUAGGAAUGAUCAUUCUGGAAGGAAGACUGCCAAUUCGAUGAUUGAGUUUCAGAAGGAAUUUAAAUAAUUUAGGAGUUUGGCUUUAAUGUUGAAAUUCUACUUUAAAUCAAUCAACUUGCUGAAUUCCUACUAAGUAAUAAGUGGUUUAAUAAGGGUGGUCUCAAUAGUUAUUGCAUAUUGACUAUGAUUCUUGCUUUAUUGCAAAUCAAAAGAAUCAGGGACAACGAAAACGAAGAAAUUGGCAAGACCUUUUUGGAUUUCUUCGAUCUUUAUGGUCAGGACUUGGAUUACUAUAACAAAAUAAUCAACAUCGUGCCUUCCCAGUCAGAAAAUAUGUAAAUUGAUGAACCAAAUAUUUAUUAAUAGCAAUACUUUUAGUUGUAAGCAGCUUUAUUAUAGUUAGUGAUUAAGGAUGUCAAGAAUUGGUUAUUUUGGAUCUUCAUAAUAAAAAUAACAAUAUUGCUAGUAGUACUUUCAAGAUUAAGAAUAUCAAGGUAUGUUUUAGAUCAUCCAUUGAAUAGAAUGCUCUUAGUUUUGGAUACAGUGCAAUUCUGAAUGCUAAGAAAUGUGAACAGCCUUGCUUUUUCUCUGGAUAUAAUAAACCCGUGUGUUGUAUUUUAAAGUAAAUGAUUUAACAAUCUAAAAACAACCAUUUGAACAGUCUUUCCAAAAGUAAGCAACCCUUCUAUUUCUUUAAUAAUACUUAUUGA